AUGGUCAUAAAACCGGGCGACUUCGUCAAUCUCAAGAUGAUGUGCCAGCUCAGUCUUUCAGAGGUGGUCACAGGGGUAGAGCUGCAUGCCGCGCGUCAUCUCCCUUCCCCGCCAAAACAAUCCGAAUCGCCACAAUUUCUUCACUCCAAUGCCGAAACCGACCCCGCCUCCCGCCGGCCCGGUCCCGCCCCCGCUUCGCGCCAAUUCCCGCCACCAACCCACCGCCGGCGGCUAUGGACAUGUCGGCGAUCGCCGCCCGCCUCGGCCUCUCCGGCUCCCGCCCCGUCGUGCGCAAGGCCGCCGAGCUCCGACCCCUCUAGGACAUCAACUUCGACUCCUCCGUCCUCGGCAUCGGGGAGGUGUGCAAGGCCAUCAUCUGCCUCGAGAUCGCCGCGACCAAGUUUCAGGACGACAUUGGAUGUGCGCGAAUUGGGCAUUCAGUUUGGUUGUGUCAGGCUGAUACCUUUUGUGCAGAAGGGAUUCGUGCUGUACAAGGAGCGUUUCUUGGCUGCAUUGCCUCCUUCUCGGCGCUCAAGCACGGACUUUGGUCGGCCAGUGUUUACUGCAACAGUGUUCUAUUUAUGUGCAAAGAGGCAUAAGCUCAAAGUUGACAAACUGAAGCUAAUUGACCUGUGUGGUACAUCUAGCUCUGAAUCUACAACGGUAAUGGACUUGAUUUGUCAUAUCUUUGCAUGCAGUUGCGCAUUCCUGCAUCUCAUAUAUACAUGUUUAGAUUGGUGCUGUUUCAUUAUCCUGUUUUGACUGUUAUUUGUGCUGGCUGCCGGUUUCGACAUCUAUGGGAGACCUUUGUUUUGAUGUUUCUGGGAUAGCCAAGGAGAAGAAGGAUCCAACCUCCAUCAAAGGAAAUAGAGCUACCAACUCACAAAAGGCACAAGAAGAUGGAGAAACAAGCGUACAAUCAGUGGAAGUCUUCAGUUAUCUCCACGAGCAAGCAAACCAAACCAGACCCUACGAAGCCCAGGAAGCAAGCUCAGCUGAACUUCAAGAAGAAACCGCCAGACGCCGCCACCAGCUAACUAAAUCAGCAUGAAAGGAAUGGAGCUGGCCCUUGAUGCAAAAAGGGCACUUCUUGCUCCAUCCGUCUUCGUUUUUGAUAUGUUUGUAAGAGCAACUCCAAGGGAGAGACCCAUUUUGUCCGUUUGGGUCAUCCGGACACAAAACUUGACCCAACGGGGCGACCCAAACGGACGCGGGUGCCCGCCUGCUGUCCUCCCUGACCCAAA